UCACAGCCUCGUAGGAGAGGGACGAUGGCUUGGGUGUCAAUGAAACUCUUCAGGCUGGUUCAUUUCUUAACAUUUCCAACUUCAGCUCAGUCUUAACAGCGUCAAGAAAAGCUGGCUAUAAAAGAGAAGAAAUGGAAGAGUGAAUAAAGCUCCCAGUCCAGUGCUUGCUGAAAAAAAAUCCUCAGCUUCUUAUCAUGAAUUUUUAAGAGACUAAACCUGUGAUUUGGAGUUUGUAUCGCAUCGCUUGGAUUGUGGUUUAAAGCGACACACACAUCCCAUGAAUACUCACAUCACCGAUGAAGACUCGGACGAUGACUUUGCCACCCAAUUCGUUAUUCAGGAGAGUUUACAGGAUAUUUACAAGCCAGAGACCAGCCCACAUGCAGAGGAGAAUGAGAGCCUCCAUUCUUUUUUGAGCCCAGAAUAUAAGAAGAUCAUUGAAGCCAUCAAGGCAGGUGAGGAAGAUGCUCUAUCAAAGCUAUCUAUGCACUUUUCGGCAUUUGAGGAGACGGAUCAGACAGGCUGGCUCCCAUUACACCAUGCGGCAACCCAAUUAAAUAAACACAUCCUGGAGCUCACUCUGAAAGGUUCACAACCCAGAGUAUGGGAUCAAACCACUCGGAAUGGUGAGACGCCCCUCUUCUUGGCAGUGGACAAAUGCCUCUUGGAAAAUGCCAACUUUCUUCUUCUCAAUGAUUGUGACCCCAACACUCAGAAUGCAGAAGGCCAUUCUCCAUUACUUAUGGCCGUCAAACACUGCACCUACGACAUGGCCUCCUUGCUCAUCGGCUUCGGGGCCAAGGUCAACCUGCGGUGUGCCAACAAGAGGACCCCAUUGCACGAGGCUGCCCGGCUGGGCAGGAAGGACAUGGUGGACCUCCUGUUGUGUUCUGGGGCUGAUCCUGACCCACAGAGCACCUACGGAUUCACUCCGCUUGCUCUGGCUGCCCAAGGUGGGCACACGGAAGUCAUGCAGCUCUUACUCCAAAAAGGGGCCAACGUCUUUUCCCAGGCUUCGGACUCCUCGUCCAUUUUGCUUGAGGCUGCUGCCGGGGGCAAUCCCGACUCUCUGAAUCUCCUUCUGGAACAUGGAGCUGAUGCCAACGUCCCAAAGAGUUCGGGCCACUUGCCUAUUCACGUAGCCGCUGAUCGAGGCCAUCUGUUAGCAUUAAAGGUUCUGGUCCCCGCGACGGAUUCGCUGGCCAUCAAGAGGAGCGGGAUCAGCCCCCUUCACUGCGCGGCGGCCGGGGCGCACUCCCAGUGCCUGGAGCUCCUCCUCCAAGUCGGCUUUGACGCCAACUUCAUGCUCGAUCAGAAGAUCCGCAAACACUACGACGAUCAAAGAAAGUCGGUCCUGUACUUCGCCGUGUCCAACGGCGACGUCUCCUCCGUGAAGCUGCUCCUGAACGCGGGGGCUCUGCCCAAUCAGGACCCCGUCAACUGCCUCCAGAUCGCCCUCCGGAUGGGCAACUACGCGCUGGCGAGCCUGCUGCUGCGGCACGGCGCCAACGUCAACUACGUGUGCAGAGUCAACCCUCUGCACUUCCCAUCCGCCCUGCAGUACACGCUCAAGGACGAGGCCAUGCUGAGGCUGCUGCUCAACUACGGCUACGAUGCCCAGAGCUGCUUCGAUUGUCCCCACGGAGACAGAGCGCAUUCCCGCUACGCCUUCGAAGGCUGGACCUCGACGGUCAUCCGAGACACCCUGUUUUGUGAAGUGAUCACCCUGCCUUGGCUUCAGCACCUCUCGGGGAAGGUCAUUCGGGUGAUGCUCGACUACGUUGACCGAGUUCGGAUCUGCUCCAAGUUAAGAACGGUCCUCCAAGAGCAGGCAUCAUGGUCAGAAAUCAAUUGGGUCCUCACAAAUCCCCGUUCCCUCAAACAUCUUUGCCGUCUGAAGAUUCGGAAAUGCAUGGGACGCUUACGACUACGCUGCCCCGUCUUCAUGUCGUUUCUUCCGCUACCCAAGCGACUGAAAGAGUACAUCCUUUACAGAGAGUAUGACCUGUGCGGAUGAGGAGCUUUAACAGGGUCCUGGUAGCUGAGCGACUCCAGAGAAGACCGUCUGACGCUAAAAGUAAAGGAUUCGGAUGUCAACCCUUCCCUUUGUCCAUCUCCACGUGUAGUUGAUGGUGUCGUAUUCGCGUGUGAAUUCCUUCCAUUGGCUGCUGAAAACAAGUCUAGCAGAUAAGCCUCAGGGAAUCAGAAUCACAUGGAGGUUGAGCCUGGGCCAGUAUCCCACACAGUAAGGAUCAGAGAAGCCGGACUCGAAAUCCAAGUUUUCUGGACCUUAAGCUCAGCUCUCUAGUCAUUCUACCGUCUUGUUUCUAUGGUGGAGUUCUAGGAAUGAAAACAUGACCAUCUCGGUGAACUGAACGAUCCCAAUUUCUGGCUAAUGAUGUUUCCAGCUUGGCAUAAAGCUUUCCAAAACUGUACCACACAGCUCUGCACGUUAAGGCAUUCUCAAGAAGAUGAAGACGUUGGUGGCUGAUCUUGCAAUUCUCUAAUUUUUGCAAGUUUUUACUGUUAGCAUUGGCAGAUGAAGAACGCGAUGAGGGGCUGCUAGGUGGAUUGAGAGCCAGGCUUGGAGAUAGGGGAGGAACUUGGGUUCAAGUUCCACUUCCUAGCGGUGUGACUAGCAAAGCUGCUUAACCCCAAUUCUACCCUGGAACUGAUACUUCAUGUCCGUUCUGAGUCAAAAAGCAAGGGUUUCAAAAUAAAGAACAAGAACAUGGCGAUAGGGUUGGAUGGCCCGAGUCCUGAUUCUGGGUUGGCCUCUAAAGAGUUGUCCUCAGUUUUCUUAUCUAUUAAACAAGGGGAGGAGACCAGACCGUCUCCGAGGUCCAUUCCGGCACCAACAUUUCCACUCUAGGCCACCUGGGUCAGGGAGCUUCCAUUCAAGCUCCAGACCCAAGUGACGGCCGUGUGGUUAGGGUCAAAUUCCCAAAAGUCUGAGCUGUAAAACUAGGGGGAUGUUAAUCAGCAAAAGCAUUUGUUAAGGGCCUCCGACAUGCCAUUCGCUCUGCUUGGUGUCGGAGAUGCAAACACAAGAGCCGGUCCCUGUCCUCGGGGAGCCUUGUGCUGCUGCUAGGAUACAUACAUGUUAGCAGCGUCCAUGUAUGGGCCCAAGGAAAGAGGCAAAAGCUGUUAGAAAAGGUAUUUCAGGAACAGAAAAGGUCAAAGACUAAUGUGAUCAAGUGCCCUCUCUUAGAGGGGUUUGGAGGAAAGUGCUUCGUGAUCAGAAAUCGUCCAAAUGAGGUCGUGGUUGAUUCUCUGGGAUUCGUUCGCAUCAAGAUUUACCUCAGAACCAGACCAAAGCCCAGUGCUGAGCUCUUGGGCCUCACAAGUGAGCUGAGGGGGCUUCAUUUGGCCGAGUUUCGCGUAAACGUCUUCCUCCACGAUGCUGGCUAGCUGUUAAGCUUGCCAUUAAGAGACUGCCAACAGAGAGGGAGCCGCUUUCAGUAAAUAUACGUGAACUUAAAAUGUGGCGACACUGUCCAACUUCGGAUGCCUUCCGCACAGAGAAACAUUCAGAGAAUUGGUAGAUUUAUUGAUUAUACAAUGAUAGCAUUUGAUUAAAUGAGCCGAAUGAUUGUGCUCCUGUAUCUUAAAAUAAAGGCUCUAAACAGCGGGCCCGAUGAUGUAAACAUUUGGCUUUAAACAUUCGCAUGCAUCCCAAGAACAUUAUACUUUUCUGGCUAUGCUAAUAUUCAGGCAAUACAAUCAAUCGUUUGAUAGAAAAAGAAAAUGUCAGCAAAGCAAUCCCUUUCCACAGUCCUAGUUUAAUGGCAGAGUCUGAUUCAGUAAACAAGAGCACCUUCCAGGACCAUGUGAUGUGCACUGGCUCCCCGAGUUCCCGAUAGGGGGCUGAAAAGCACACAUUUACUCCGGGGGGAGUAGACUUAGCAAUGGACUGUCUUUUACAGAAACGUUUGCAGCAACAGCUGGCAUUACGAGUCCAUUUCUUCUUAAUUUGAGUUUUAAGGUCAGGUUGGGUGCGCACAUGUGCAUGGGAUAUACAUGGAGCCAUAGGAGUUAAAUUAUAAGCAGAAACCUCAUUCCCUUUCCAAAGGUUAUAAAAUAGCGAGGACCAGCCUACACACAUGAAGCCUCUAUAAGAAGAAAAGGGUGUUUAGUCCUCAAAGAAAGGAUACCAUUGAAGCAACACUAUAGGUCUAUGCUGGUCCUACACAGCCCAGCGUCACACUGGGCCCAGCAGAACGCCUAAGUGCUGCUGGAAAGAGAGCAAAACGUAAAGAGAAAAUGUUUAACAAAAUACAAUGCAACGUAGAUAAUGUCAAGCUGUGGUUUUCUCAGUUAAGGUGUGGCUGGGAGAGAUUAAUUUGUAUCUAAGCUUCACCCCAGUUUUAGAGUACGGCAAUUCUUUAGGAAGUGCUUAGUAGUAGAAAGACCAAAAUGAUGGUAAAUGGAAGCCUGGUAACACGUCAAGUCCAACGACUGGAAAAUGUCAGUUUUCACUGCCUAUCACGUUCUUGAAAAAAUGACAAUACAUGGACUUAUUUAGUGGUGUAAGCAGAAGAACAAAGUCCGCAUCUGACAGUGUUGUUAAUCAUUUGAAAGCACAAAGAUUCAAUACAAAGAUUUAGAUUCAUUCACCUAUUUCAAACCCCCAUUAUAUAUAAAACACAUAUUUUAUUAUACAUUUAAAAUCCAAAUAGCAUAUUACCUUCGGUCCUGUCAGCAAAUAUUUCAUGUUCAGUUUUACAAUAUAAAAAACUCCCAAUGUCAUCACUGUCUUAUAUACAAUUCCAAUUCUAAAGGGAAAAUUUUGCAUGACUUUUAAUUGUUGAAAACACCAAUAAAAGAAUCAAUCUAGUAAUACAAAGAUCUGCCCGUGUCCUGUUACAAAAUCACCUGAACAUACUACAAAAAGUAGUCAUUUUUGUACAUGGACCUUUUCUCAUGUUAGCUCUUGGACAAUCACAAGGGAUGGCUUAAAAUGUAAUGAAAUUCUGAUUUCCCACAGAUGCUCCUUAAUAACCGAAUCUUUAAUUCCCUGGGAAGGAGGAUUAAAUCUCAUAG